AAGUGAAUCCUCCCUUCCCCUUCUAAAUGUAUGUACCACGUGCUUUAUACAUGCCGGUUUUAUUUACAAUCAACAGUAUAAUUAAUUAAUCGCUGUAUAGUGCGUAGUAUAUUAAUUCAAGACAUUCAAUUCAUUGUCAGUGAAAACAGUAGCUUUGAAAAAUUUGUAAAUAUUAUUCUUAUUAUACUUGAGAAUUGUAAAUGAGUGAUGCAAAACAGUAAACCGUUGCACGAAGUUUAGAUUAUCUACAUUAAUGAUUUGGAGUGUAAUAAUUGUAUAAUAGUAAUAUUUAUAGAAGUGUGUGUACACAGUUUAUAGUGUGUAUAGAAUUAAUAAAAUGCGACUAUAUGUUACCAAGAAAAAUUAUUUUAAUAUGGCUAGAUGAUAAUCAAAAAAGGAUUGCCAAUGAAGCCUCAAUUAUCAGACGAGAAAAAUAAUGUCUUUAAAAUCACUGAUGCGUUCAUUAAGUGUAGGAAGACGUGAUAAAUUUCGGAUAUUUUAUCAUCGUUUAUAUCAGACUGAUAGUAGUAGCAUAAUAAACGAAUCAGUACCUGGGGUGUCUAUAUCUCAAAUAAAACAGAUUCUGAAACAAAAACAGAUUAUCACUGUCGAAGGACAUGCAUGCAUAAGUAUAGAAUGUCCUAUAUGUGAUUUUGAAAAAUUAAAAAAGGCCAAGAUUUAUAUCAAUAAGACAACAGGGUACUUCGUGUGUGAUAAAUGUAGUUCUAAAGGCGAAUGGAAUAUAUUAGAGAAAUUUUUGUUAUUAACAAAAUCAAGCAAGACAAGUAAUACACAGAAAGAAUUGGAAACUUUAAGAAAUACUAUAAGAAUUCAAGAAGAUUAUGUUUCAAAAUGGGACGACAUAACAAAAUCUAAUCAACAAGUGGCAGAUUUAUCGCCAGAUUUGUACGAGCAAAUUCUACAUACAUUCUCACUCCCAAAAAUUUCACAACAAGACAUUGCACAGUUAAAUGGUGUAUAUUCAUCUACACCAUUAUUGUAUUUUCCAUUAAUUGCCUUUGGUAACAUUAUUGUUGGUUAUAAGACUCUUUCUAGUGAAUUAGGAUUAGAGCAAACCAUACCUAUUUGCAAUGUUGGUGGAUUUAUCAGUUACAAGCAAAAAAACACCAGAGCUGAUGGAACUGCUGUAGUUGUGCCGACAAUACAUGAUUUGUUGGCAUUAGCAUCUCAAAAGGCAGCAAAUACGAUUAUCUGUUUGCCAUAUAAUUUGCAGAACUUGCCACAGCAGCUAUUGCCAAGUCUAGAAAGUUAUAAGAAAUUAAUCUUGUGGUUUGGAAAUGAUGAACCUAGCUGGUAUACAGCCAGACAAUUUGCUAAGAAAUUAAAUGAAAAAAGGUGUUACUUUGUGAGACCAAUUGACACACAACCUAGACCAAAACUAGCUAUUGAUAAAGGCUAUGAUCUUAAAAGUAUUUUGACGAAUGCACAACCAAUAUGGCACAAAAGUAUUACUACGUUCGAUGAUCUCAGACAAGAUGUAUUAUGCGAUUUGCAAAAUAUAGAUAGAGUUCAGGGUGUAAAGUGGAAAAGAUAUCCUGCUCUAAAUCGAAUUUUAAAGGGACAUAGAAGAGGAGAAUUUACAAUUCUAACUGGACCUACAGUGUAUAUAUUUUUAGGUUGUGGAAAAACUACGUUUAUGAGCGAGUAUUCAUUAGAUUUAGCAAUGCAAGGAGUUAAUACAUUAUGGGGCAGUUUUGAAAUCAGGAAUGCUCGGCUAGCUAAAACUAUGUUACAACAAAUGGCAGAAGUAUCUUUAGAAGAUAAUUUGGACAAGUUUAACACGUAUGCAGAUGCUUUCAACAAGUUACCAAUUUAUUUUAUGACAUUUCAUGGUCAGCAGAACAUCAAAAUUGUUAUGGAUGCAGUUGAACAUGCAACAUAUGUGCAUGAUAUAGCUCAUGUAAUAAUUGAUAAUAUGCAGUUUAUGAUGGGUAUAUCGGAUGAAUCAAAACAUAUGGAUAGAUUUUGGAAACAGGACAAAAUCAUAGCAGAAUUUAGAAAUUUUGCUACAAAAUAUAACUGCCAUGUUACAUUAGUUAUACAUCCGAGAAAAGAACGAGAGGAAGAAUUGACAACUUUAUCUAUUUUUGGCAGUGCUAAAGCAAGUCAAGAAGCUGACAAUGUAUUGAUUAUACAAGAUAAAAGGCUUACUAGUUUACGAGGAAAAAAAUAUUUACAGGUUGCAAAGAAUCGAUACAGUGGAGAUUUAGGUGUAAUGGUUCUGGAAUUUGACAAAACCAAACUCAGUUAUGCACAAAAGAAGAAAACUAAAUCAGAGGAAGCAAAGGAAGGAAAAGAGAUUUUCCCUACAGAAAGCUAAAUACUGAUAAUAGUAAGGUAAUAGUUUAGUGCCAAAGCUGACAAUAAGAAUACACUACAAAAUAUAAUUUGUCAAUAGAUGUAUAAUUUAAUUGAAAUGUGUAUA